AAAAGUGGUCUACAUAAAGCUGUUCCUACAGCAGAGAAGAGUCAAUCGUAUCUUGUACCAUUAUAAGAUCCACUCAAGAUAGAUUCCACAUUUGAAAUCGUGCCGGAAGCGCAGAGGCUAAAUAUCUAGGUGAAGAUGGUGAUGCACACUGCCCAUGACAGUAUCUGCGAAUCCGCUGAUAAUAAGGCUGACAACUGUCUCUACAACGAAGCAUGGAUGAAGAUAGCAGGCCCUGCAGCAGGACCACUUGGGGAUGUUUUCUUAGGAUCAAGUGUUGUGGUUCAGUCAGAAGUCACGGUUGCAGGAAGAGGCAUUCAGGCAGUAGAGGAGCACUCUGUAAAUGUGGGUGUUUAUAAUGCAUCAAUGUCGACGCCACAAGGACAAAGAGCAGAGGGAGUGAAACCACAGACAGUGGGAGCAUCAAAGAUCAUCAUCAAACGACCAGAUGGUGCUCAGAAGUGCAUCAAAGUGCUGAGAGCUUACAGGAUCGUCCUGCUGGGAGAAACCGGGGCUGGAAAAAGCACCCUUGGAAACACCAUAUUUGGAGAGGAUGUGUUCGAACCUGGCAGCACAACUGAAUAUUAUAUUCAGUCCAAAUCGGUGCAUGGAAGAAGAAUUACUUUGUUGGACAGUCCUGGUUUCUCGAAUGCUCACCAACCUGAGGGAGAGUUAAAGGAUAAAAUAGCGAGGUGUACCACAAGCUGCACUCCUGGUCCCCAUGUUUUUCUGAUUGUGCUGAAAGUGGAGAAAUCCUCUGAGCAACAGUUAUCUGUAUUUGACAAACUCUCCAUGUGCUUCUCAGAGGAAGCAUUUAAAUAUGCUGCAGUUGUUUUUACUCAUGCUGAUCAGCUUCAGGAGAAAAUGAAUAUUGAACAGUAUAUCAAUCAGAAACAAUCUCUUAAAGAUUUGGUAAUGAAGUGCGCGGGCCGAUAUCUUGUUAUUGAUCACAAGUGCAGCUCGGGGGUUGAAAAGAACAAUUUCCUGAUGAUGUCACAACUGUUCAACAUGAUAGAUAAUAUAGUGAUAGAAAACAAAGGAGGGUGUUACACCAACAAAAUGUUACAGGCGCAUAAGAGAGACAAAGACGGCACUAAAUCAGGUAACCCAACACAAUCAAACACCGACAACAGAGUUAACCUUAAUGCCUGCAACAGUCUGUGGAUUAACUUCUCAGGUCCUGUGGGGAACGUGGUGGCAGAAGCUUUCUUUGGGUCAGCUGUGGUAGCUUCACAAAAAGUGCAAGGAUCCCUCAAGACUGAGGAAACAGAAGAAUGCCCAUCAACGACUAGUAAUGAGGGAGAUUAUAAAGCAGCAUAUUCUGAACCAGAUAGUACUUCUGAGGCAGAACCCAGAAAGGCAGCAAGGGAAAUAGAGGAAAAUGAAAUGACACAAGAAGGAGACAGUGGCUUUGUGAGAAAUGUGUUGGUAGGUGUGCUUGCAACAACAGUGUUCGGAGUACUUGCAACUUUUUUAAAUUUAUUUAUUAGUGGUCUAACUAAAUUAUUAGGUUUAGAAUGGAAAUCUGGAGCAAAACAUGUGCCAGCAGAUGUACGAGGUUCAACUGGAGCAGAAGGUGCAACAGCUGAAGUAGGAAGUGCAUCUCAGUCAACAGUUUCAGGCAGGGCAGCAGGAAGUUUUACAAAAGGUGUAGGAGGUGCAGCAGGUAUGGGUUUAGUAGGGGCAGCAGCAUGGGUCACAAAGAAGAUUAAACAACUAAUCCAUCUUUAUAACAUCAUCAAGCAGAACAUUGGAAUUGUCCUACUGGUCGUUGCUUUCUACACCCUGCUGUUGCUGUCGUUUUGUGUCAGAGUGCCAAUGGCUGGAACCAUUCUCUUAUCAUGUGGAGUCUUGGCUAUGUUUUUGAUCAUACUGUUGUUAUUGAUUGCCAUAUAAAAUAACAGUUUGUGAAUCUGAAUCAAAUUUAAUGUUUAUAUAUUUUGGUUACUGAAACCAAAAUAUAUAAACAUGGAUAUGUAAUUGUUGAAUUUUAAGAUGUUGUGUAACUGUUUUUGAUUAAUGUGGACAUUUUAAAAGUAUCUCUAGAGAAUUCUUUAACAACUUUUUUUUAUUGUUCAUUGCAUCAGAGACUGCUGUUUUGUCUUAACACACCCAAUGUUUCUGUGUUUACUUCAUGAAAGUUGAACUAUGGUUUCAGAAGGAGAAAUUUGUUUCACGAUGUCUUAAUCCCUGCAAGGAUAUUUGAGGAUGGAAAUCUGUUCAAUUAUUCCAGGUUUUUGCAGACCUCUCCUAAGAGCCCUUUGUUGCUUGUUUACCCAAAAUGUAUAUUUUAAUCUUUCUCAUUACCCUUACUAUGUUAAUCUUGUUUCUGUUUACUGUUGGACUCUGCCAUGCGCCCUUUUUAAUCAACUAUGUCAUUCAUUUUCUGGAGGGUCAAAUGGUUUGACCCCCUAUCAUGUAAGUCUGUUCUAUCGAAAAUUUAAGAUGAUAAAUAAAUUAAUGAUAAAUUAA